AUGUUUCUAGAAAAGAACAAUUUAUGGCUACUUAUAAAUUUUACUAAAUUUUUAUUCUAUUCAUUCAUUCUUGUAGCCUACUCUAACUGUUUUGAUGGGAAGAAACUACCUCCAUCUCUACAACUACUUGAUGAGGGUAAUGUAUACUAUUGGGACGUAUUAAAGGACUAUGUUGAGUACUUUAAUAGCGAAAUUGAGAAUAUUCGUCAGAAUUACCCAUAUUUGGAGUAUCAUAUAAAAAAGGGUCAGUGGUUUAGCAUAGUAGAUGUGUUAGAGUGUGAAUAUAAUGAUGAGGAGAUGUAUGAUACAAUACCAGCAAGAAUUAAGAUUAGUGAUUUGUCACAAAAUAUUAAUCUAAUACGGGAUUUGUGGAAAGAAAAUCAAUUCAUCGCAGUCUCCCUAAAUCGUAUUGAAUUUACUCAGCAUUGCUUGGGAGCACUACAAAAACUGAUACAUCAUCCAAAUGUUAUAAUCCAAGGCCAUGAUCCAAUACGUCUAAAAAGUAUUUGUAAUGAUGCUUCAGAUAGAUUCUUUACUCCUGCUAUUCUUUUUGAUGAGAUAGAUUCUCUGAUAAGUAAAGAUAAUUAUAGAUAUUCCAUAGCUACACUUAAAUGCAUCGAUCAGGAACGUAUAAGAUAUGGUCAGUGGUCAGCUAUAGUUCAUCUCCACGCACUAGACUCAGAAGAUGGUCGUGAUAGAGUAUUUGGAGACUUAAAAGAUAGUUUCUAUCCAGUAUCUCAAAAUUUUCAAAAUACAAAAUCAAGUUCAUUACCAUACUUUCCUCCACCUGAGUUUAGUAGAGGAGUGGAACAUGAUAAUUUUGUAGAUAGUUGUAUGAAUGCCCUGUUAAAUCUGUAUACAAGACAGGAAGACCCAAAUAUCUUGCUGAAACUAUAUUGUGAUGAUGCAAAGAAAGUAUACUUUAGCAAUACUCAUGAUUUAGUAGAAAAAUUAGAUGUAUAUGGAAUGGGUGAAAUUGAUCCUAUAAGUGUAUCAGAGCUAAGGCAUAAGGUAGGACAGCUUACUCUACCUUCUACGCUACUCCUAAAUAUAUUUGACUACAGAUUAGUUAGAAUUGGCCAAUGGCAAAAAAUAGCGCAACAAAUAGUAAAGGAUCACAAUUCUGUACCCCCUUAUGAUAGAGUUCGUGGUAUUAUAUAUAGUGAUCCCCGAAAUUAUGGUUAUAAUGCUGGAUUGACAUUUGAAGAAAUGAUACAAAAUUGUGAGUAUACCUUAAGAAAAAAAGUUAUGGACCAAAAUAAAAAAGGUCAAUUUAUAGAUGGGAAAACUGAAAAAGCUUCAAUGUCAAUGGAUACAGAUGAAGAAUGGGAAUGGGCAUCAGUAAUAGAGCUGGUAGAAGUAGAAUCAUUUUGUAAAGAUGCAGCAGGAGCUUAUUUUGAUUUAGGUAAAGAGUAUUAUUCUAUACCUCGUCAAAUGCCACUUAUUCCUUCCCGAUUAGAAUUUGAUCCAGGAUUUGGUCUUACUGAAUCUUACAUUCCACCUCAAAAUCUAGAUCUUAAUCGUCAAAGAUCAGCUUUAGACUCUUCCAAAAUAAAUAACUUAGACUGGCGUAUUGAAGCCUCUAGUAUUCUUUGGAAUACUAUGGAUAACUUAAGACUAUCAACACAACUCGAGAAUUUAGUGACAAAUAUACAAUGGAAGAAGAUUAUUCAGCAAGCUAAAAGUUUUGUUUUUUUUGAGAUUGGUAUAGAUAACUUUUAUAAUACUGAUAUAAAACCACCAAGAAGUAUUUUUCAUUAUUCCAAUGAUCCCAUAGAAAUGUAUAAUCAGUGUUUACAUGCUUUUUCUGAGGCUAGAAGAACACUUUACCAUAGAAAAUUUCGACGUCAGUCUAAUUUAAGUAUAGAAUCUCUUCUAGCUUUAGGAUAUAUUAUGGAUUCAGUAGACGAAUCACAAACUAAUAGUUAUAAAUGGGUUAUCUCUUCUUCAAUAGCACAAGGUCUACAAGAUAAGGGUAUCACAAGUAAUAAUAUUGAGGAAUAUCCGGAAUUCAUUAAUCCUGUAAAGCAGUCAAUGUGUAUGGAAAGUGCUAAAGAAUACUUUGAAGACGCAGAAUCUUGUCCAUUUGUCCAAGAUGAAAUAUCUAAAUAUAAAUUCCAAGCUCAGUCUGUAUUUCCUCAUAAUCCAGUACCUAAUGCUGAUGACCCAAAAUUAGCAGAUCCUAGUGGUGAUUUAGAAGCAGAAGACCAAUGGAACUUUUUGUAUGAUUACUCAGUUUAUAUUAGGAAUAAAAAUGAUGAAAAUAUAAAUAUUAUUCUUAUUCCCCAAAAAAUGCCAUUGUCAUUCAUAGAUUUCAGACAUUCACUUUGGAGGCCUCCUCAUGAGUGCCUACAGGAUAUGGUAAUAAAUUGUAUUCAAGCAUCCUGGCCAAUUGUAGAAGCUAACUGGCGUAAACAGAAAGUUCAAACAGAUUUGGCUACAGCAUUAGCUAUAUUUUGUGAUUCGGCAUCUUUGGAAUAUUUUGAACGUAAAAGGCAGUGGAGGCAACUAAUAAAUCUUAUCAUGAAAUCACAAAAAUAUGCUGGACAUUUUACAUGGCUUAGAAGAGGUUUUUACAUGCCUCGAAAAUUUGAGAUGCUUAAAAUACCAUUACUCACAACAGGAAAAGAAGGCCCUGUUUCAAAUGAGGCAAUCCAAAGAUAUUCAGAAAUUCUUGAUAUAACAUUUUCUGAACUUGUAUAUAUGAGGUAUUUAGCUCCUUUUACUACUAACCUCUAUAAAUUAACUAAAUUGAUUGCUUGUGAUAUGUCACAAAUUUCUACAAGAGGCUCUUGGAUAGGACUUAUUCCUGUAGAUGCUGAAGUUUUAAGAUAUACAGAAACAAUAUUAGCUAUGGGGAGAAUGGAAUCUAGGAAUCUUUUGGAAUCUAAAGCAAUUGGUUUUCAACCUUUACGAGGAGCAUUUGAUCCAAGAUUUAAACUAUCUCAUCGGACUAAAGUAAAAGAGCCUGUUUCUUUUAGACGAAAUCAAGAUGAUCUUCAAAGCUUAUCAAUGUCAAAACUAAGACCUCCUCAGAAAACCACAGUAUCACCAAGAGUUCGAUUAAUGCAAUAUAAGGAAAUAGUUGAAAAGGAUCAAGAUGAUUUACCUUUCCAAUAUCCAUUACCAGAUGAAGUGAAAGUUGAUUGGAGGAAGUAUAAGGGAGGUUUUGUAGAUACUUUAGAUCUACAGAAUAUGCCUAAUAAGAAAGUAAUUCAUGAUUUUAUAAAUGUUGACUGGCUAAGACCUAAAAAUAUAGAUAUUAUUUCUAGUGAUUUAAAAGGGAGUAAGAGAUUACAAUUAAAAGCUAUUCAAAUUCCCCGAAGAAGACCAUUUUACGAUAAUAAUAAAGGGGCCAUAUUUUAUGAUACUCCUAGCACCCCAAUUACUGGGCGUGGAAUUGAGCCUAGAGGCAGAUAUCCUGAGCCUCCUGGAAGAUUUCCUGUGGUAGAUGGAACAUUACAUACAGGAUAUAGAGUAACUGAACGAUACAGAGAACCUUACGAAAUACCUAAUAAGAUAUUACCUCCAGAUCCAGCCUUAAAAAGUGAAAAUUUUAUUCCAAUGCCAGAGUUGCCUAUUGUUAAGAGGAAAAGUCUAAAGGAACUUCGGGAACUCGCUAAAUCAAUGGAUUUACAAACUGAAGAAGAUAUAAAACUUGAAAUACCAGCUAUAAAAAAAUAUCUAUCACAAAAAGUAGUGAAAAAGGGAGAGAAAUAUGACGAUAUUGAAGUAGAUGAUAUAUAUGGAAUUACUACCAGGAAUAGAAAGAAUCUCUUAUCGGGCAAAAUAACCUCAGAAAUUAUUCACAAUAUCAUCAAAGCAGCAGAGUACUAUAAAAUAAAAGCAGAUUGCAUUCCUCAAUAUGGUUAUACAUUGGGAGAAACGAUUAAUAGAGAAGAAGAUGCUAUGAGAGGAGCAAGAUUUGUUUAUAGAUGUCUUAGAAUGGAUAAUCAUUUUAUUACAGCAAAAAUGGCAUUUAAAAUAUGGAUAAGAUCCUUAUUUCUCAGAAGAAAUUUCCAUCAUUCUACUCUACCAGGUUAUAGAGUUAAUAUGAAACCCUACAUCAAGAGAAGGUCUAAAUAUGAUGAUCAGACAUACUGCCCUGGAAAGAAUCAAGAUAAGCUAGAUGCUAUUACAGAUUCCUUAGCCACUGCAGCUUAUUCUAAUUAUAUAACAAAUAUCAAAGAUAUAAAUAAAUUAUGUUUUAUAGCAGAAGAUUUUUUAUAUAAAAGAAUUAAGACAAUUUCAAAUUGUGUUAGUUCCUUUAAGAAAAAUUAUAUAGAUGAUACCAAACAACCUUAUUUCGAUCUUUCUAAAGCCACUCUAGUAUGCUCUCAAUUUGAAAAUGAAUGGGGGACUCCAGUCUAUAAGAUUGAAAGAUUCCCUGAUCCUCCAACAUAG